AUGGGCGCAGGUGUCUGGCAGCUACAGCUGUUUGUUGUCGGGAUCCUGGCAGCAUCAUGUCGGGGAAUUUGUCUGGACCGAGCGACGAUCAACGUGCUGCUGCUGAAUGACGAGGACUCCCCAUGGAGCAUGAAGUACGUGGAAGGAGAGGUCCUGAAGGCCAUAGACAGGGACUCUAUCAUCCAUGCUGAAGACGAUGUGAAGUAUAAUCUCACAGCGAGCUUCGGUGGAUUCAACACCAGCUACUAUCGACAGAAAGGCUGCACGAGCACCACCUGUGAGGGAGUGGACAUCCUCACCGACCUCAUGGAGUCUGAUAACCUGGGCUGUGUCUUGCUAGGACCAACCUGCAACUAUGCAACUUUUCAAAUGGUCAGUGCGGAAACAGGGUUGAAGCUCAGCACACCGAUACUUUCAGCGGGCAGCUUUUCUGCCAGCUGUGACUACACACGGAAUCUUCAGCGCCUUCUGCCGCCGGCACGCAAGAUCUUUGACUUUUCCAUGAACUUCUUAAAAAAAACAAAUCGGAUCAAACCUGAAUGGGGGCAUGUGUAUAUCUACAAGAUACCGCAGAAGACGGAGCAUUGCUUCUGGUACAUUAAUGCAUUGGAGAAGAGAAACGUGACAGAUGAUAUUCAGAGAACCAUGUUACGCAAGCAUGCGGAUCUGGUGGACGUGCUCAAGUUCCCAAAAAACAGAACAAGCAACAUCUUCAUCAUGUGCGGCUCACCAGAAGACGUGGUGGAGAUGAAGAAUGGAACCACGCAGGCAUAUGGAAAUGAUAUCCUCUUCAUCCUGAUCGAUCUAUACAAUGACAGAUAUUACAUCAACACUUCAUCAAUAGCUGCCAUGGAGAAUGUGUUGGUCGUGACCAUGCCCAACAACAGGACGUAUACCAUCAACCCAAACCUGAAAGACAACAACACGAUGAACGACUACAUGGCAGCCUACUAUGACGGGGUGUCACUGAUCAGUCGGGUGAUGAGAGAGAUAUUAAGGAAACCUCACUCGCAGAUUCAGCAGAUGCCGUACGUGAGCGCAAAGUACUUCCGGAACACCACUUUUGAGGGGAAAGCGGGACGCUAUCGUCUGGAUGAAUAUGGAGACAGAGAUGCGACGUUCUCCAUCAUUUAUACCACAAAUGGCAAGUAUAAGACUUUAUUCGAGUUUGACACUCAAGACAACAAAACCACCGUGAUUGACGCCAACCCAUCGUUCAUCUGGGGAAAGAGACUGCCUGACUCGCAACCAAACACCGGCCAGGCAACUCAUGAUAUCAUCGUCAUCGUCUUAUCUGUUACUGUGGUUGUGGUGGCAACCAUUGCCUUCAUUUUCUACCGACAGACCCGCAGAGAUCGGCUUCUCCGUCAGCGCUGGUCGCACAUCUCCUCAGACAUGGUCACACUACUGGAGGACAGUGAGAUGAACGUUGUCUCACUCAAGAUUGAGGACGAGCGGAAAAGCCGGAAGUUUCAAAUCUGCCGCGCGCACUACGAUAAAAAGAUCGUCAUUCUCAAGGAGCUGAAGCACUCGGACGGGAACUUCACUGACACACAGACAAUUGAGCUGAACGCAAUUCUCCAGAUAGACUACUACAAUCUGACCAAGUUCUAUGGCACAGUCAAGUUUGAUCACAGAGUCUUUGGGGUGUUUGAGUACGGAGAGCGAGGGUCUCUGAGGUAUGUGCUGAACGACAGGAUUUCAUAUCCCGACGAGACGUUCAUGGACUGGGAGUUUAAGAUAUCCGUCAUGUACGACAUUGUCAAGGGGAUGUCUUACCUCCAUGCCACUAACAUCCAAGUCCACGGGCGUCUCAAGUCCACCAACUGUGUGGUGGACAAUCGCAUGGUUGUGAAGAUCACCGACUUUGGCUGCAACAGCUUUCUCAGCCCUGGACGAGACCUGUGGACGGCUCCAGAGCACCUGCGCGCACAGGGGACUUCACAGAAAGGAGACGUCUACAGUUUUGCUGUCAUUGCCCAUGAGAUCGUCCUGAGAAAAUCUACUUUCUACAGCGAGUGUUGCUCUGACCGAGCAGAGAAGCUGUCCAGGGUCAUCAAUUCCUACUUCAGACCAGAUCUUAAUUUUGAAACGGCUUCAGAUAAAGAAUAUGAGGUGUACAUGUUGAUCAAGAAUUGCUGGGAGGAGGAUCCUGAAAGGCGGCCGGAGUUUAAAAAAGUUGAAAACCUUUUGGGGAAGAUUAUCAGUAAAAUUCAUAACCAGGACAACGAGAGCUACAUGGACAACAUGAUCCGGCGGCUGCAGAUGUAUUCCCGGAACCUGGAGCACCUGGUGGAAGAGAGAACAGCUCUGUACAAAGCUGAGAGGGACAGAGCCGACUGUCUGAACUUCAUGCUUCUGCCAGGCCCGGUGGUAAAGAGCCUGAAGGAGACCGGUGCAGUGGAGCCAGAGUUGUACGAUGAGGUGACCAUUUACUUCAGCGACAUCGUGGGCUUCACCACUCUGUGCCAGUACAGCACACCCAUGGAGGUGGUGGACAUGCUCAACGACAUCUACAAGGGCUUCGACAGCUUUCUGGACCACCAUGAUGUUUAUAAGGUGGAGACCAUUGGUGAUGCCUACAUGGUGGCAUCUGGGCUCCCCAAGCGGAAUGGAAACAGACAUGCGGUGGACAUCUGCCGUAUGGCCUUGGACAUCUUGUCUUUCAUGGGAAGCUUCCAGCUUCGUCAUCUGCCCGGGAUUCCCGUGUGGAUACGCAUCGGAGUGCACUCAGGUUUGUGCGCUGCUGGUGUUGUCGGCGUAAAAAUGCCCCGGUACUGUUUAUUCGGCGACACAGUCAACACAGCGUCACGGAUGGAGUCUUCGGGCCAUCCGCUGAGGAUUCACGUCAGUCAGCCCACCAUUGACAUCCUGCAGAGGACCGACUGCAAGUUUGAGUACGAACUCCGAGGAGAAACUUAUCUGAAGGGUAAAGGGACCGAAAUCACCUACUGGUUGACUGGGGAGACAGGGAAAGACUAUGACCUACCGACCCCACCCACAACAGAGAACUUCCAGCGGCUACAGCAGGACCUGGCCCACAUGAUAAUAGCCUGCCUUAAGCGUCGCUCAAGCGGUUCUGUACGGAGGAAGAAGACGCUUUCCAGUCAGAGUGACGUCGACCACCACCAUCACAAGGUCCAGUCUGAAACUGACCCACCGGAGUAUCUGCAUCUGGCUAGUGUGGACAACACACUCAGUACGUUCCUGUAGUGCAGAUCCACUCUGGACCUCACUCACUGGAUCUCAGAAUUGGACUUGAACUCUUACCAGCUGAAAGAGAACAACCUCAACUAGGUGCCGUGCAGUGUCCAAGAUAUGAAGAUCAGUCGCUGCACCAACACAGGCUCAUGCAAAAAUACAUCUGAGAAAAAAAAAACUUGCAGAUUUAUUUUUUUAACCUAAAGGUUUGCUUCAUCUGUCCUGGUAAAAUCACUGUUGUAAGCCUUCAGGCUUAAGUUAGAUGUAGUGUAUCGGCGUGAGAUUGCUCUGCGUCUACUGUGUCUUACUUACUGCACCGUGGAACAGGAAGUGUAUUGUGUUUAGUAAAAACAAACUUUGACAAUCCACCUAAACAUUAGAA